AUGAGUAUAAGUACUCAGAAGUUCACACUCGAAAUCCUAAGAAGACUCCUCGCCCAACCCUCGACAACCCCAAAUACCAUUCACUACACUCUAGCCCUCCCCAACCAGUUCACUUUCACCAACAAUAUGGUUUUCUACAAGUCUACCGUCCUGGCCUUCCUCGCGGCCACCGUCACCGCCAUUGACAUUCGAUUCUAUCGCAGCGACGGCUGUGGCAGCGCUUAUGGUGUCUGUCCCAACUCGCUCCCCAACUCGUGCUGUACUAUCAAUUCCAGCGACGGUAAUUCCGCGGUCAGCUUCAACGCCAUCCCGAGCAGCUGGAAGAUCACCGGCGUCGGCUACUGGCAGGAAGGCUGCCAGGGCGACGCCGCAUGGUCAGACAACAACUACGGCAAGACCGACAUGUGCUUCACCACGGCCCGCUACCGGGCUGCCAGCUACUACUUUCCUGGUGGCAAGCGCAGCACCCAGCAGGGCCCGUGCCAGACGCCCGACCUGCUCGUCUACGAGGACGGCAGCGAGGUGGACCUGUCUGGUCUGACAGAGGAGCAAUUCAACGAAGUGCCACCACCGAGCAACAAACCCAUCAACGAUAGUCUCGUCUGGACCGCAUUCACCGCUGGCGGCACCUCCGAGGAAGUCCAGGCCCACAUCACCGCCCUCCGUCUCUAA